GAACCAUCGCCAACCCCACCUUCCCCAAAGCAACCCUUCUCUCUCUCAAAAGUUCCAUCAGAAGAAAAUUGAAUAGAAGCCAUGAAAGAGAUGAUGAAGCCUCACACAUGUGAACCCAACAGGAUUUCUUCAGCACUAGCCAUGCACAAAGGCUCUCACGUAAUAUCGAAAUUCCAGCCAAAGAUCAGAAUAGUUCACGUAUUUGCACCGGAGAUCAUAAAGACUGAUGUAGCCAAUUUCAGAGAGCUUGUACAGAGGCUCACUGGGAAGCCCCCAGAUCACAAACGCAGCAACAAGAAGAAAGCAAAGAGUGUUAUUAGCAGAGAAGAAUCACUGAUUUCUAGCUUCAAGCCCACCAAAACGAGAGAUCUACAAGAUGGGUCUCAGAGAAUCAAAGAAGAAGAAGAAGAAAGAGAGAUGUGGGGAGGUGAGAAUUCAACAACUGGUUUCUUCAGUGGGUUUGGAGAUCUUGAUAGUUUUAUUCAAGGUCUUAGUGAAUUCCCUUUGCUUCCUUCUAAUUCUUCUCACAUGGAUAUGCUUGGGCUUGGUGAAUCACAUCUGUCCUAGUUAGAAAAUGAAUUAAGUUCUUCUCAUGAGUUGGGUUCUGGUUCUAAUGUGAGAUCCUUGGUUGUUUUACUGACAGAGUUCACAGAAUUCUCUAUCUCCCACUUUGAUCCUCAGCUCUCCACCUUUCACACAGUCAACAACUCUGUUGUAAAUAUAUGGGAGCAAAUGAACAAUAGUGUCUUGAGUUCAUAUCUAUGCUGAGUUUAUAUCACUUAACAUUUCUAUUCUUUGAUUUAUUUUUCUUCAUGUCUCUAGAUUUUGAUAUAGUGAUCAAUGAAUUCAUGUUGUUUCUUUCA